AUGCCGCUCCUGUCCACACAGCUCCUGUCCACACAGCUCCUGUCCACACAGCUCCUGUCCACACUGCUCCUGGCCACACUGCUCCUGUCCACACAGCUCCUGUCCACACAGCUCCUGGCCACACUGCUCCUGUCCACACUGCUCCUGUCCACACAGCUCCUGUCCACACAGCUCCUGUCCACGCAGCUCCUGUCCACACUGCUGAUCAGGCUGGUGCUGCUGAUGCUGGUCCUGUCCACACAGCUCCUGUCCACACUGCUGAUCAGGCUGGUGCUGCUGAUGCUGGUCCUGCUCAUCAUCAGGCCCUGGCUCCUCUUCCACUGGCUCCCAGAGAUCACCAUCGCUGACGCAGAUGUUGUGCAGGAUGGCGCAACAGGCAGUCACCUGGACUGCAAAGAUCGUGCCCGUGCAUGGUGCCGGUUGAAGCGGGCUUCCACUGGGCUCCAAACAGGCUCUCUGUAUGGAGGGAGGAGUGUGAUGGGCUGA